AUGACCUUGUUCGAUUUUGAGCCUAAUGCCUCAGAUGCAACUAGCCAGGCAACCUUCGCCGCCACAAAAAUAACACAGGGAGUCGACGGCGUCAUGUUCCACGAUUUUCCAAGGCCCUCGUCGCCUACAAGGCAUCAUCAUAUCUCCAUCUCUGAACAGGCCGAUCAGCUUGCUUGCGAGUACGCGGAAACGUCCAAUGCAAAAUUGGUGGUACUAAAAGCAUUCUACGAAGCAUUUGAGCAAACUUCUAAGAUGUUCACUUCAGAACCAGAACGUGCAGUCAUACAGCCUUUUGCCGACAACUUCAUGACAUUCUGGAAACAAGCUCUUUCAGGCACAGAAUCCACGUCAGUAACCGUGAAGCGCAAACCCUCGGCAUCUUUAGAAGGAACAUCAAGUCCAGGCCAGCAUCGUAAUAAGAAUACUGCCGGGGAGUUCUUUCAACAACUCAUAGAGUCAGUACGUCCGUCGACAAUGAUAGUACGUGUAGACUUCUCUCCCAUAGGGUGGGAUGGUCAAACUACCUACGAUUUUACCAUCUAUCAGGACCGUCGGGUUAUUGUUUGUUGCAUCGACCAGCCAUGCCAAGAUGAUGGUACUGAGGCUGAGGCAAUGGGAGCUUUAGCAGGUCUGAAAGCUGCGCUCGACCGGCGCGAGGCUUGCACACAGGAGAUCAUCGUUUGCCUCCGGGAAUCAACAGUCGCUCGGGUGCUUCAAAGCUCGGUUUUACAGUUGCCGCAGGUACCGUUCUUAGAAUUACGGACACUAGCAUUAGACCACGGAGCCAAGAUCAUACGUAUAGCUGGCCAAAAUAACGAUAAAGGUAGCGAGCAGGCUAAUGAAGCGGAGAAAAUUCGGCCUGAAUCUAUUGAUAUCUCUCAGUGGUACACUCGUAACAGGACACAGGGCAGUAAUAAAGACGACGGGUGGACGCAGAGCAUCAACGAGGAGUACCGAUCACUUGACCCAAUCGACCGAGGAGGGUUUUCUUUUGUAUAG